AUGCGAUUGUCAUCUUUCCUUACGUUGGCCUGUGCAAUUGCAGCAUUCGUGCUCUCUCUUCUCUGUCUAUUUGCAGGCUCUAGCAAGUCUUUUCUUCAACAUGCAGAUCUGUUAACGCUCAACAUUUCUCGGAUCGGCCACACCAGUGUGUUCAAUACUUCGGACGGCAAUGGUGGCUUCCUUGACAAUUUGGUCAAUGACAUCGAAGGAGACCUCAACAGCCUCGUGAGCGACGUGACCUCAGACAUCGCCGAAGCCUUGGAUCUGCCCGACUUCUUCAAUGUCCAUUUGAUGGACUUCUGUGAAGGAUCCUACCAGCCCAAUGCCACCGUGCGCCAUGCUCACGAGAACAUCACCGACUGCUCCAACCGAACAACCUUGUUCCACUUCCAACCGACCAAAGUCAUCCAAGAAAAGCUCCCCAGUGGUGUCACCCUGGACGAUAUACACUGGCCACAGAAGAUCCAAGAUGCAGAGCAUGCCUUGAAGAUUGCAAGCAUAGCAAUGAUCGUGUUGUACAUCAUUGGCAUUGCAUUUGCGGGCAUUGCAGUGUUGACUGCGCUCUGGGGUAUUUGGACAGAUGGGCGGUUGUCAGCGAUGGUCAACUUCCUCGUUGAUAUGCUUGCCUUUCUCUCUCUGGGCAUAGCAUCAGCCAUAGCCACAGCAAUCAUUGUCAAAGCCGUGGACAGCAUCAACAAAUACGGCGACGAUAUCGGCAUUGCAGCAUAUAAAGGAUCGAGGUUUUUGGGUAUGACUUGGGCGGCGACUGUAGUGAUGCUUCUGGCAUCCAUUACAUCCAUAGCACAGUGCUGUACAGGGCGGCACAAACGGGACCGGUAUGGUGAGAAAGGGACGGCGUACCAGUACUGA